GCUACGUCACAUGACGCAGCCCAUCAUGGCGGCGGGAGCGCGGCUCCCGGGGCCCGCGGCUCCGCAGGGCUGCUGCCGUUGCCGCUGUUGAGAGGCGGCGGCGGCGGCGCAGGCGGGCAGGAAGGAUGGUGUUUGUGCGGCCAGAGCGGCAGGCGCGGACCAGGAGCCGGACUGAGGUUUGGCCAAAGCAACGUGUGCUCAGAAGCAGCCGGCGCGGGUGCCGUUGAGGCAGCGGAGGGAGGCAGGACCGACUGACGGACGGACGGAAGGAAGGCGACCGGAGAGCAGGUCCCGGAGCCGCGCGGUGGGCGAGAUGCCGGGGCCGCCGGCGCUGCGGCUGCUGCUGCUGCUGCUCGUGGCCGCCGGCAGUGCCGGGGCCGCGCCACUUCCGCAAACAGGUGCAGGGGAGGCACCUGCUGCAGAAGUUUCCUCAUCUUUUGUGAUCCUAUCUGUGUGCAGUUUCAUGAUAUUAAUUGUGUUAAUUGCAAACUGUGUAUCCUGCUGUAAGGACCCAGAAAUAGACUUUAAGGAAUUUGAAGAUAAUUUUGAUGAUGAGAUAGAUUUCACACCACCAGCAGAAGAUACUCCCUCUGUCCAAUCUCCAGCAGAGGUCUUCACACUUUCAGUACCAAAUAUUUCACUACCAGCUCCAUCACAAUUCCAGCCUUCUGUAGAAGGGUUGAAGUCUCAAGUUGCCCGCCACAGUCUAAACUACAUACAGGAAAUUGGAAAUGGCUGGUUUGGAAAGGUCCUCCUUGGAGAGAUUUACACAGGCACUAGUGUAGCAAGAGUAAUAGUGAAGGAGUUAAAAGCAAGCGCAAGCCCAAAGGAGCAAGAUACUUUUUUGAAAAAUGGAGAACCUUACUAUAUCCUUCAGCAUCCAAAUAUUCUUCAGUGUGUUGGACAGUGUGUAGAAGCAAUUCCCUAUCUUCUGGUGUUUGAGUUCUGUGACUUGGGUGAUCUGAAAGCGUAUCUGCGCACGGAGCAGGGGCACAUGCGGGGGGACGCACAGACCAUGCUGCUGCAGAGGAUGGCGUGUGAGAUCACCGCGGGGCUGGCCGCCAUGCACAAGCUGCACUUCCUGCACAGUGAUUUAGCCCUGCGGAAUUGCUUUCUUACCUCUGACUUAAAUGUGAAAGUGGGAGAUUAUGGAAUAGGAUUCAGCAGGUACAAGGAGGAUUACAUUGAAACAGAUGAUAAAAAAAUUUUCCCUCUGCGAUGGACUGCUCCAGAAUUAGUAACCAGCUUUCAAGACAGACUAUUAACUGCAGAUCAAACUAAGUAUAGUAAUAUAUGGUCCCUGGGUGUGACACUUUGGGAGCUUUUUGAUAAUGCUGCUCAACCAUAUUCCAACCUUUCCAACUUAGACGUUCUCAAUCAAGUCAUUAGAGAGAGAGACACAAAGCUCCCCAAGCCCCAGCUGGAGCAGCCUUAUUCUGAUAGAUGGUAUGAGGUUUUACAGUUCUGUUGGCUGUCACCAGACAAGAGACCAGCAGCUGAAGACGUGCACAGACUGCUGACUUACCUGCGCAUGCAAAGCCAGCGGGACUCGGAAGUUGACUUCGAACAACAGUGGAAUGCGCUUAAGCCAAAUACAAACAGCAGAGAUGCUUCCAGCAAUGCUGCUUUCCCAAUUCUUGACCAUUUUACCCGGGAUCGGCUGGGCCGUGAAAUGGAAGAAGUCCUCACCGUGACCGAGACGAGCCAGGGACUGAGCUUUGAGUAUGUCUGGGAAGCGGCGAAGCAUGAUCAUUUUGAUGAGCGCAGCCGGGGCCACCCAGACGAAGCCUUGUCCUACACAAGCAUCUUCUAUCCAGUCGAAGUGUUUGAGAGCUCCCUUUCCGAUCCCGGGCCUGGGAAACAGGAUGACAGUGGCCAGGAUGUCCCCCUGAGGGCCCCUGGAGUGGUUCCUGUUUUUGAUGCCCACAACCUUUCUGUUGGAAGUGACUAUUAUAUCCAAUUAGAAGAAAAAAGUGGUAGCAACUUGGAGCUUGAUUACCCUCCUGCGCUGCUCACAACUGAAAUGGACAAUCCCGAAAGGACGGGCGCGGAGCUACCCCAGGGUACAGCACGCAGGAGCCUUGAAUUAGAAGAAUCUAGUACCGAUGAGGAUUUCUUCCAAAGCAGUACGGACCCCAAAGAUGCUAGCUUACCCGAGGACUUACAUGUUCCCAGCGGCCCUGAGAGCCCUUUCAACAGUAUAUUUAAUGAUCUGGACAAAUCAGAGGAUUUGCCUAGCCACCAAAAAAUAUUUGACUUAAUGGAACUAAACGGUGUUCAAGCUGACUUUAAACCUACCACUUUAAGUUCGAGUUUGGAUAACUCCAAAGAGUCUGUAAUAACCGGCCACCUUGAAAAGGAAAAGUCCCAUAAGCUUUUUGACUGUGAUCCUCUUUGUCUGUCAGAAAAUCUUAUGCACCAAGAUAAUUUUGAUCCAUUGAAUGUUCAAGAAUUGUCAGAAAACUUUUUAUUUCUUCAAGAGAAAAACUUACUAAAAGGCUCGUUAUCUAGCAAAGAACAUGUCAGUGAUCUUCAAACAGAGCUUAAGAAUGCUGGUUUUACUGAAACUAUAUUAGAAACUUCACCUAGAAACUCUUUAGAUACCGAGCUUAAGUUUGCUGAAAAUAAACCAGGCUUUACUUUGUUAGAGGAAAACCUAAGUGCAAAGGGCAAAGAUACAGAUGUCGUGCUCACGGAUGGCACUCCAAGCGCCUCGUUGCUGUCCUCCCCGGAAGUGCAGGUACCUCCUACCUCACUCGAAACAGAAGAAAUGUCUCAUGAUGUACCUUCAGGUUCAUUCCUGCAGCAGGGAGAAACCAAACCCGCAUGUUUGGAUGUCAGUGUCUCUGAGGACUGUCUCUGCCAGGACGUCAGUGCAGACACCGUGACUGUCCCAGUUGAAAUUCUCUCAACUGAUGCCAAAACUCACAGCGUUGGUGAUGGGUCCCAGGACUCAACUCACCAAAAUGAAGAGAACUUGGGAGUAACCAAAAGUGACCCAGUUGUUGUUGAUGAUAUUCUUCCUAGUAAAGUGAGUACAGGGAGUAGUCAUUCCAAAUUAGGACAGAACUUACAAAAUAAACCAUUUUCAGAAGACCAUCAUAGUAAUAGUUUGCCGGAGAAAAACUUGGAAGCUGUGGAGACUUUGAAUCAGCUCAAUUAUAAAGAUGCUACAAAAGAAGCCGGCUUGGUGUCUGCCUUUUCCUCGGACUCUACCAGUCAAGACAGCCUCUUAGAAGACAGCUUGUCAACACCCUUUCCAGCCUCGGAGCCGUCCGUGGAAACCCCGGACUCUUUGGAGUCAGUGGAUGUCCAUGAGGCGUUACUGGAUUCUUUAGACUCUCACACUCCUCAGAAACUCUUGCCCCCCGAUAAGCCUGCAGACAGUGGGUACGAAACAGAGAACUUGGAGUCUCCUGAGUGGACUUUGCACCCUGCUCCUGAGGGCACCUCCGACUCAGACUUGGCUUCAGCGGGUGACAGCGGUCAAACCAGUUUGCCCCCCAACCCCGUCAUUGUCAUCUCAGACAUAGGCGAUGGCCACAGAGGUACCGAUGUGACCUCACAGACUUUUGCACCUGGCUCCCAGAGUUCAUAUCGAGACUCGGCGUACUUCUCAGAUAACGACUCUGAGCCCGACAAAAAGUCUGAGGAGGUCCCAGGAACCUCCGUGUCGGCCUUGGUGUCAGUACAGGGCCCGUCCCUGCCCGAGCCAGUUGGCCCAGAGCAGAGUCCUGAUGCCGAGGGUAGUUUCCUGGAAACCACAGAGAGCCAGCCGGCUCAGGGUUGUCCGCCUGCUUUGCAGAAUUCCGGUCACCUGGAAUUAAGAGAAAUGCUGGAGCCAGCACAGGCUGAUGUUUCCAAACAGAUACAUCCUGCAGACGACGAGGCUGGCAGUCCCUUGAGUUUGCUGCAUUCAGAACUUAGCAGCAGUGAUGACUUAGAGACACAGGAAGAUCACCCCUGCACCCUCACUUCCAUCGGAACCAACACUAAUGAACUCCUGGCGUAUGCAAGCUCGGCGGUAGAUAAGUCCCUAACCGGCCACUCUGAUGGCCCCAAGUUGAAGGAGCCAGAUAUUGAGGGGAAAUACCUGGGGAAGCUCGGUGUGUCCGGGAUGCUCGACCUCUCUGAGGACGGGAUUGACGCGGAUGAGGAGGAUGAAAACAGCGACGACUCCGAUGAGGACCUGAGGGCCUUCAACCUGCACAGCCUGAGCUCUGAGUCAGAAGAGGAGACCGAGCACCCCGUGCCCGUGAUCCUCAGCAACGAGGACGGGAGACACUUGCGCAGUUUGCUGAAGCCCUCGGCAGCCGCGGCCACCGACCAGCUACCUGAUGACUGGAAGAAAGAAAAGAAGGCGGUCACAUUUUUUGAUGAUGUCACAGUUUACCUGUUUGACCAGGAGACCCCAACCAAAGAGCUGGGGCCCUGCGGAGGAGAGGCGCGUGGCCCCGAGCUGAACAGCCCAGCAACGUCCUCAGGGCUGCCCUACUUGAGCAGGUGCAUAAAUUCUGAAAGUUCCACGGAUGAAGAAGGUGGAGGCUUUGAAUGGGAUGAUGACUUCUCCCCAGACCCUUUUAUGUCAAAGACAACAAGUAACCUUCUCUGCUCCAAGCCUUCUCUGCAAACAUCAAAGUACUUCUCGCCACCGCCGCCAGCCCGGGGCACGGAGCAGAGCUGGCCCCACGUGGCGCCCUACUCCAGGUUCUCCAUCUCCCCCGCCAACAUCGCCAGCUUCUCUCUCACGCACCUGACCGACUCGGACAUCGAGCAAGGAGGAAGCAGUGAAGAUGGAGAAAAAGACUAGGCGGCUGCCGACGUGCUUUCAGGUCGGAGGCUGCUCCCCGAGCCGUGGUCCUGUGCCCUCAGCCCAAGCAGCGCCGUCCCCUCCACAUUUGCUGCCGCGAGAUUGGGAGAGCGGAGAGCGCACCAGGAGAAGGGGAGACGCCCCGAGCUGUGUCCAAGCCGGGGCCCCAGGGAGCCCCAGUGGGGAGCGUGGCCAUGGCCAUGUCCCAGCAGCUGGUGUCCCUCAGCUCCGCGCACCCGCAGCUGCUCUCACACUUGAAGUGCUCACGUGGUGGUCGUUCCGGGGAAGCGCCCACACCACCUCCGUGCGCCGGGCCGUGCACACCGCUGUGUCAGCGCUCCAGGUGGGCGUUCUCGGCGUCCACACCUGUACACCCGGUCCCCGCAUGGGCGCCGCAGAGGACGCACUAGGGAAAUGGUCACGAGUGAGCCAUAUUUAUUAUUUUUAAACAAAUCACUAAUUGCUUUCUGUAAUUGCACUGUGGAUAAAUGUUAAGAGUCUCCAAUGUUGUACAGAAUCUUAAAUUAUUCAAGGAAAAUAAGGCAGGUCAAGCUGGUGCUACCCACUAGUUUGAUUUUUUUUCUGUUCUAUAGUUUGCUCUGCAUGGUACCUGUAAAGCUUAAAUAUUCUGAGUGUUAUGCUGUCCUUGGAAUUGUUGGAAUUGUACAUAUGGUACUCUUUCAUAAAUGAUAAUGAUUCUGAAUGUUAGUGUUUUAUGUUCUUAUAGGAAAUAUUUUCAGUGAGUCCAGAAAUACCACUCUGUUGUGUUAAUGGAAGCAAACACAUUUUUGUCUCUUGUCUACAAGGUGGUUUCUCUGCAGCAAAUGAGGCUUCUCUCUGAGGAGCUGAAGGGUCUUGCAGCCUCUCCGUGCAAUUCUCCCACCCCACCUCCCAACUUUUAAAACCCCUUUUGGUAAAAACAGACUGGUGGUGCGCCCCAGAACUCGGUGCCCUGGCCCUCGCCCUCCUGCCUGUGUCUAGGAGGCUGACUGCGGUGUAGCUUCAGUGUCCUCGUGAGUCCAUCCUUCCAGAAGCCGGGACUCGGAGGAAGAUGCAUCUCCACAGAGGGCUCUGGUUGUUGAGGAUGGUUUAAUUGUUUGUAUACUUCAGGUGGUGUUGAUUAGAGCUUUUUAAAAAAUCUCCACAGCUGAAUUUUCCCCUCGGAGCCACUCCAAGUCACGUCCAGGUGUGGCCAGUCUCCUUGUAGCCUUGGAGAUACACUACAGCCUGCACCUGUUGGGGCAGGGAGCUGAGGGACAAGGGCAGAGCCUCAGCAGCUGAGACGUCCGCCUGGUUGGGACCUUGGGUGGCCCUGUGUGGCCCCGGGGCUCCUCUGCACAGACCCUUCCCCCUGCAUUAGGCACCAAGUUCUCUUCUUGCUUUGAAAGGGACCGAUGUUUCCAGUGCAGCUUCAUGGUGUUGGCAGGAACCGGUGUUCACAGCGGUGACACAAGGCUGACGUCAUCCUGCCCUCGGUGAGCUCUGCCCUGGCUUGAGGAAGCCUUCGGUGGCCGGUGCAGCGCGCUGUGCUGAGGGAGUCACCAUUGGUACCAGCUGGGUCCACAGGCCUGUGGCCCCCUCACACUGGCCCUUCACCCCAGAUAUUUUCCGGUGCUGAUGUGCUUUCCAGACCCGGCGUAACCCCGGGCCAGCUCUCCAGACCCCGGCGGGGGCUGCCCCGUGUAAAUCGGAGGGACUUGGGUUCUAGUGCAAAAUGCAGAUGUGGACACGGCCAGAGUUUAUAUAGCAAAUUAUGACCUUUAGUACCAGUUCUGGUUCACUCCACUAAUUUUUUAUACUAAGCAAUAAUUUUCCAAAGCAAGAAAAUGUAGAAUGAAGAAAGAAUCCCCUGCCCCCAGCUUGGUGUGAACACCGUGUGCUCCUGGGCUGUACAGACAGCACUGGCUCCUGGGACGUGUGUAUGUUUUUUAAAAAAAUUAACAGGGCAUUAGAAGAUGAUUUUGCCAAAAUUGUCAUAACUCACAGUUUCUUGCUAUGGAGACUUCCUGAGUUUUCUGAAUUUUUACAUCUAACUGCCAGUCUUGGUUGACAGAGAAAUGAGAGGUGACUAUACUCAUUUUUUUCAAAUUACAGACUUACGGAGUUCAAAUUUAAUGAGUGAAAAUCAAGCAGAUCCAUAGGAUAUAUAGUAUUCUUACACAGCCUAGGAUAAAUUUAUUGAUAUUUGGGGAUUGUACAUUUUUCACUAUGAUUAAGGAGAUUUUAACAACAUAAUUCCCAAUUUUAUUUUAAGUCUAUAUCACUCUCACAAUUGCCAAAACAUUUUAUACAUUGAGUUGGGGUAGACUAGUGGUGUUGCAUGGAAGAGAAGAUUUAUAUUUAUAAUAAACAUGUGAGUAAACAUGUUUUUUUUGAAAUCUCAAGCAAUACACAGGAAAUUUAAGUAGAUUGAAAUUUUCAGCCCAUUUUUGAAAUGUCAGCAUGUGCUUUGUUGUUCAAUUCAGUUUUUGUUUGUUUGUUUUUUUUUUAACUAAUAAGUUGGUUAACAGUAGUGGGUUUUCAAAAUGUACUUGUUCUAAUCAGUUGUGCCAUGAAUAAACCAGUGACAUUCUCUAGAUCAGCGGUCCCCAACGUUUUUGGCACCAGGGACCGGUUUCAUGGAAGACAGUUUUCCACAGACUAGGGUGGGGGGAGGCAGCGCUCAGGCGGCCAUGCAGGUGAUGGGGGCGGCUGUACAUACAGAUGAAGCUCCCUAGCUGCUCACCUCCCGCUCUGUGGCCCCCCACACCGUCCCUAAAUUGCAUGGAAGACAAUUUUCCACCAACCGGGGUUGGGGGGAGUUGGGGUGGGCAGUGGAGCUCUGCAGUCUGGUCCCCGUCCGGAGGUUGGAAACCUCAGCUCUAGAUGACGUGGGGCAAGGUUUCUGGUUCACAGUGAUAUCUCCUGGCCUCCUUUGCAUAGUAAUCCAGAAUCUGUCAGAUUUUAAUUAGUCUUACUUUGGUGGAGUUUGUAUAUUUUAAAUACUAUAAUAAAAAUAAUCUUUCAUUUCCUUCCUAGCAGAUGCUGUUUUGUGUUAUUAAACGACCCUGUCAUAAGCCAGAAAGGGCAGUGUAGAAAAAGCGUCCCCCAUAUCCCACUGAGACUUGGACUGUGUCAUCUUAAAGGUGAAAGAACCUCAGCUAAACUGAAUUGAAAACAGAGCAUUCAUUCUAUUUUUAAAUGUACAGGCUCGAUUGUUUCUAUACAAAUGGGUUUAUCUCAGAAAAGUCUCUGUAUGUCUUGCUGCCGUAAAACGCUUUUCAAAACCUCUUCCUUUGAUUCAUAUUUCCCAUAGGGUAUUUGUAGCAUUAAUGACCUAUUGCAUGUCUGUCCUGAGGGCCCCAGGGGAAGGGAGGCAGCUCCUAGCCCGUAUCUGAACAUUUAGAAGUGAACCACGUGUUAUACUCCAAAGGUUGGGCUUCAGUUAUGGGGGCUUCAAAACAUUAGCCUUAUGAGAAGUAGCCUUAAAGUAAGAAUGGGUGUACACAAUUAUUUCAGAUUUAGGUCUCAAAAACAAUAUUCCUAAGUAGUAAUGGGGUUGGCUCAAGCCUUGGCUAUUAACAAAGGAAAUUCUUUUUAGUAUAUAAAUAAAUUCUUAAAGAUGUGUUGACAGUAUUGAAUUACCGACAACCUGUUGAGAUCAAUUGAGUGGCUCGAAUUUGUGCUGUUUGAGUGUUCAGGUUCGCGAGGGUGGAGCUGGAUCUUGAUGAUGGGACCUGGCGUAAGUGUCCACUAUUUGCUCCCGGCUGCAGAGGAGGACUGACGGGGCCGUCACACCUUCCAGGUCUCCCGUUGUACUUUAACACGGUCAAGAGAGGUUCACGGCAAUAUAACAGUUAAUGAACUUUGAGUUUAAAUUGUGUACAUUUUUAAAUUGUAAGAUUUUUACUGUAUAUUGAUGCAUAGUGUGAUUCAAUAAAUUGCUUGUAAUUUAAAAACUAUUUAAUAUUCAAAAUAAAUAUAGUUAUAUAUUUAUAAA